UUACCUUGACACCUACUGUCGCUCUCUCAUCAUGACUGAGCUUUUUACAUCCCCAACAUUCCUGGUGGCAUUGUUACCUAUGUUGGCCGAGCCUUCAAUGAGCCUGUUGACUUUAACCUUCAUCGUUUCAAUGAAUUUUAUGCAUCUUGCCCUCUGUCUGAUCCCAUUACCCUUGAUCUGUUUGAAUUCAAAUCUUAUGGGAUCGAUAUUACACCAUUCAUCAGAAACCUGGGUUGGGAAUUCCUUCUUCACUGCCCUCCCCUUGCUGCUUGCCCACUUCCAGUUCGCAUUUUCUAUGCCAACCUGGACUGUCAGGGGAUCACCACAAGAAAAAUCACCACUUUGGUCAAUGGGUACUUCAUUUCCCUCACCUCUGAAGCUCUUGGCACUCUUCUAAAUCUCCCCACUGGAGGAUCCCUUCCUCUUGCUCAUGAGGAUGAGUUUUAUUCUAUGACUUUGAUCAUGUGAUCGAGUAUUCUCGGAUCACUCAGCGUUCAGUAGGGGCUCAUGAAAUUAUCACCUCAGUUGAUCUGAACCCUACUAUGCGCACUUUCCACUAUUUCAUCACCCAUCUGUUCUUGCCCCGUAACAAUGGUCUUCACAUUGUCACCAAACUUGACCUCUGGGUCCUAUCCAAUGCCAUCACUGGACGAAAGAUUGACUAUUCCCAGCUGCUGUUUGGAUCCAUCGUUCGAAGUGUUGAUGCUCACCUUGGGGGUCGCCUUCCUUAUGGUGGCUUCAUCACUCUUCUACUCUCCAAUCUUGGUAUUUCCCUUGAUGGAUACUCUACUGUUGAAACAUCAAUUUCCAUCCCUGCUCUCACUGUCCUGAAGUUUAUUGGAGUCAAUCCUCAGACUUCAAAAGGGGGAGGUACCUUAGAACUAGUAGCUAGGAAAGCCAAACCCAUCUCCAAGUUUGUGUCUAAAUCUAUGAAACUUGGAGAAUCUUCCACCUCCGUGUGCAAAAACCUAAUCAUCUCGUUUGAGGAAGAAGAGGCUGAACUGGAACCUGAGUUUAUGUCUGAGAAGGACAUCAGACUCUUUGCUGAAGACCUUGAAAGGGAUUUGAUGGAAGGAGUUGCUGGAACUUAUGAGGAGACACAGGACAACAAUCAUCAGAAUGCUGAAACUCAGGGGGAGUCAAAGGGGAACUAUCAUUAGAAUACAAUCCUCUAAAGAAGAUAUCUUAGAGAAAUAAAAGGAAUCUUCAACAAUAGAGUAUUAUGUUUUAUGUGUAUGUGUGUUUCUUGUUUUAAGACCAUAAUGGUCAACUGUGUGUGUUUCUUGUUUUAAGACCAUAAUGGUCUAAGUAUGUUUUUUUUCUUGCCUUGUCUUAAUCGUACUGCAACAUGAAAUAAAAGUCUAUCUUGAUUCUAGAAAGUCUGCAGAACUAGGUAUCUCAAUGAGUGAUUUGGAUGUUUGCAUAAAUGAAGGCUUGAACGCAGGGGGAGAUUGUUGGGCCUUACCUCGUCCCUCUUCUCAUAACCAAAAGGCCCACUCAUUCAAAAAGGCCCACCAGAUGCCCAACAUUUUCCUAGACCUCGUCAAGACCCCUAUUCGCGUCUUCGCCUCCAUUCAUCAUCAUCAAAAUCAAACAGUCAAAGGUUC